GACAACCGCAGGAGUGUGAGGAGAUUUCAAAGUGGCACAUGGCAGAGUGGAAGCAAUGGGAGGCCGUACAGGGACCCAGGUCACACUGUGGGCCCAGCAGCAGCGUGACCAGGCGGUACGGGGGCCCAUGGCCGAUAUGGGGCCUGGCGGCACCUAUGGGAGGCCGCUAAUCUGCCAGCAACCUAUGACAAAAUGGAAAACCGCAGGAGUGUAAGGAGACCUCAAAGUGGCACAUGGCAGAGUGGAAGCAAUGGGAGGCCGUACAGGGACCCAGGUCACACUGUGGGCUCAGCAGCAGCCAUGAGGAGUCGGUACGGGGGCCCAUGGCAGAUUACGUGCCUGGCAGCAGCAAUGGGAGGCCUGUAAUCUGCCAGCACCCUAUGUCAAAAAAUUCAACACACCAGUAGUGUGAGGAGACCUGAAAGUGAGGCACAU